ACAUAUGUUAGGGAUUGCGUCGACACGGCUGAUUACUAGUUUUUGAAAACGGUGACACUGGAAUUUAUCCUCAGGGCAUUCCAAACCUCUUUUAUUAGUAAGAGUUCAGGACGGUGAAUCGGUGACAUCCAUAAUGCUAUUUAAUUAAAAACACGUUAAUUUUUUCACAUUAUCUGUUAAGUAUUAGUGGUGGUAUAGAAAAUGAAUGCUGAUGUCAUUUCAGAGUCACUGAAAGCAGAAAUAGAAGAAAUAGCUCUAAAAUCAGGAAUUGAUGUGCGUGAUUAUGCUGCUCAAGUUGAAUCAGAGUUAACGAAAAUUGAAGAAUCACUUAUAAAGACAUAUAUAACGGUCAGUCCUGAAGUAGCUAGUUUACAUAACCAAAUUAUCUCAUGUGAUGCCAUCCUAGAGCGGAUAGAAAACAUACUGACUGAUUUUCAUGAAGAUUUGGGUGCAAUUAGCACAGAAAUCCAGGAUCUGCAAAGCAAAUCUCUACAAAUGAACACUCGUUUGCAAAACAGACAGGUUGUUCGGAGUAAUUUAAGCCAGUUUCUUUCAGAUACGGCCAUUCCGGAAGAGCUUAUACGACAUAUUAUAUACACUCCUGUUACUGAACAAGAGUUCCUUGAAAACCUUCAUGAAUUAAAUCAUAAAAUGAAUUUCUCGUUAGAGCAAUCUAUGAUGGAUUACAAAUCAUUUAAUGAUGUUAGUGUACUUCUAAAAAAGUUGAGAAUUAAGGCUGUUACAAAAAUUCGCGAAUUUCUGUUGGGUAAAAUAUACUCCUUACGUAAGCCACUUACAAAUUAUCAAGUUCCUCAAAACCAAAUGCUGAAAUUUCGAUUUUACAAUUCGUUCCUCUUAGCUCAUGAUCGAGAGAUAGCUAAAGAAGUUAGGGUGGAGUAUAUCAAUACGAUGAGUAAAGUUUACUACGCCUAUUUUAAAGCUUAUGGUGGUAAAUUAACCAAAUUACAACUUGACACAACUUAUGAAAAAGAUGAUUUAUUAGGGAAAAAUCCAGAUAAAUACAAUUCUGCAUCAUCUACAUCCAGUCUGAUGUUCAAUUCAAUUACUAAUGUUACUAAUAAUUCAACCGUAUCAGUAUCUUCUAAUUCUGGAACACGUGUUGGACUUUUUGGAUUGAGUGAUCGUGCACUGCGUGUACUUAGUAAAUCGAAUCUAGAAAGUGCUAUUAUUUUACCACAUGUGGCCAGCAACGUUGAUGCUAAAUACCCUAUAGAAGUUUUAUUUCGUUCCAUUCACUAUGCGCUUCUGGAUACUGCAUGUCGAGAAUAUUAUUUUCUGUCAGAUUUCUUCCUUCUUAGCACGGAAGCUGAAUCUGUUGAUUCACCACCAUCUUGUGAUCAAAGUGCUCCCAAUCAAGGUCGAACUCAAAGUGGCCUAGCCUUAGCUCAUUUGUUCGAGCAAGUUAUGAGUCGUAGCUUAAGUUGGAUACAUAAAUUUACUGGAACUUUCAUGAUUUCUUCAUGUUCUCAUGAUGCAAUCGGUUUAUUAAUUUGUCUGCAACUGUUACAUGCUUUGCUUCGUCUGGCUAAAGAGAGAGGGGUACCUGUGUUGGAUAACUUUUGGGGUAAAAUGACUGAAACUUUGUGGGUACGUGUUACAGAUAGACUGGAUGUACAUAUAGCAUCCAUGUUGCAAUAUUUGGAUGUCAGCAGUUUUAGUACAGAUGCUCGUGAUAUUAUGAAAUCCAAUUUAUCCACCCUAAAUGUCAGUGCACCUACAAAUACUACCGGAAAUACUACUGUCGGUUUACACCCUAAAAUGUAUGCUCUUAUUCGUCCUCACUUGAUAGCUAGACGUUAUGCUGAAUUAGCUGCUAGCCUACAUUCAAUCGGACAUCAAUUCCCUGGUACUCCACUUUUUGAUGACAGUACGAGUAAAUCUAAAAGUUCAGAGAGUUCAAAUUUACAAUACUCAUUACACACUGAACCAACAUUUCAACAUAAUCUUGCAAAUUUGAAGCCUGCUUUAGAUCCUCGUAUCCUUAGUCGUUUGGCUCAAUUGCAAACUCAAUUCGAACAUGUACUGAAUUCUCUAGCCAAAACAUUUUCACGUCCAAAAUUAGCCCACAUAUUUCUAAUAAACAAUUAUGAUUUGGUUAUAAGUGUACUAACUGAACAUGGAGCUGCUGAUUCUUCCGAGGUUGUUCGAUGUCGUGAAGCUGUAACGAAGCAUAUGACAUCAUAUAUUGAUGAAGCCUUGUCACCUUAUUUUGGUUGUCUAAUAUCUUUUGUUCGCGAUGUUGAAGCCAGAUCAACUAGUGAAAGUCGUCAUCAGUCGAAAAAUCAAGAUGAAUUGACCCAAAAUAUUCGUAGCGAGGAAGGUAAUAUACCGUCAUUUAUUGUUAAAAUAACGUUAUCUAUGGUUAUCGUGGUAUCCAUGUACCUGAAUGAAUCUUUCUGGACUCUAGAUUUCUUUCAACUCAAUCAAAUCUCUUUAAGAGACAAAUUUAACCAUCAUAGACUGUAUUAGAUAUUAUUUUUCUCAACUGCAGAUAGAAACUAAAGUUGGCCGUUUAAAAUCCUGAAUCACUCUAGCUGUAAAUAUUAUUGCGUGUUUCUAAUUUGUUACUCAAAGAUUAAAAAGGAUGAUAAAGUAAACUAUUAUAUGUUUCCUAAAUUACAUCCAUUUUUUAUUCACUAUUCUUUUUUUGAUUUCGUCGUCAACUGCGAGAAUGGUUCUGUAAUUAGUAUUAACAUGGAUGUAAAAGAAGUCGUGAAGUGUAAAUUGGUGAAAUUAUUCAAAUAUUAAGGAACAGUCUGUAGAUCUUAAUAAAUCUUAUUUUAUUGCUCAUCUAAGAAUUAACUGGUAAGUUUUCUGGUGCGUUCUUUACCAUCCAAUUUCUCUCACACGUACAUAUGAACACUAAUAUAUGGAAUUUAGGAAUAUAACAUCAAAGGAAAACACUACAAACAUUCCACCACGUGGGGACGUUUUGUUAUAGAGGACGAACUCUUUCCACAUUCGAUAAUAGAGUGAUUACAUGUAAAAAAGUGUGGAGUGUUAAGGAAUACGUUAGCAGCUUAAUAGUACGGUGUCUGCAAUGGUAGGGCACAUUAAAAAAAAAGAAACUUGUGUUUUCUAUCCCUGCUACUUUCUUUAGUUGAAGAACAGUAUUAGUUACCAAGUUUACAUUGAUGAUGAUUGGUUUGUUGUCCUCAUAGUCAAGUUAUUGAUCAUCGAUUGUCAAUUUCUAUUUUGCAUUCUUCAAAAUAAUCGUAAGCACUAUAGUUUAGGAAAACUGUAAUGCCAUUUACCUUCAUUCAGGAUGUUUCUCCCGAGACUUAGUGAAAGCUUAUGUGUUUAACUUUAUUGGGUUAAGUUGCAAAAAACACGUAUCAAGAUAAUUACGUGUGGAGUUUCAUUUAGGUUCCAGUAAUAAAAUGUUAUUCUAGAGUAACUGCAGUGGUUUUUCUUGUUCGACAUUUUCUAAUUGAAAUAAACUAGCUUCACUUCUAUAACUUGAGAGAAAUCAAGUAAUUCAACUUGCAUGUCUUCUUCCUUCUUUGUUAAGGAACAUAACAAAAAUGUGACUAUCAAUUUCUCAAUAACGGAUUUUACAUGAACCAUAACUGCUUUAAAUAAUCCUAGUCUACUACCUAUCGUGGAUUAAUCUAGUUGUUAUUUGGCUUUAAAGCAGACAGUUAUCGUGAUUUGAAGUCACAAAACUACCUCUAUACAAGCCAUAUAUUAUCUUCGGCCUUAAAUAUUAUCGUUCGUGUUAAUGUACUACAGAUAAAUGGUUACUUACUUACGCCUGUUACCCCUCAUGGAGGAGGAUAAGCCGCGCACCAGGACUCUCCAAUCAACUCUAUUCUGGGCAAUCCUCUCCAUUUACUAUCCUCCCUUUUCAUGUCUGCUUCCAAUUCCUGAUGCAGUGUGUUCUUCGGUCUUCCACUUUUCCGUUUCUCUUCAGGAUUCCAAGUUACGGCUUGCCUCAUGAUGCAGUUUGAUGAUUCCCGUAAUGUAUGUCUUAUCCACUUCCAGGGUCUUUUCCUAAUUUCCUUUUCAGAUAGAAACUGACUUCUUCUCUGUCACAGUAGGCUGUUGCUGAUGGUAUUUGGUCAAUGGACAUUGAGUAUCGUGCGUGAACAGUUGUUUAUAAAUAUUUGUACCUUUUUGAUGAUGGUUGUGGUAUUUCUCUAAGUUUCAGCUCUGUAAAGUGGAACUGUCUUGACGUUCGUAUUGAAGAUUUUGACUUAGAUAUUAAUUGACAGUUGUUUUGAGUUCCAUAUGGUAUUCAACUAUGGGAAUGUGACCCUUGAUUUGUCAAUCGUUGCCUUUACGUUUGCAUAAGAUCUUCCUUGUUCGUCGAUGAUCCUUCUCAAGUACGUAAAAGAUUCCAUCUCUUCCAGAGCUUCUCCAUUAAAUGUGAUUGGGUUGGUGUUCUCUGUGUUGUAUUCGAGGAUCUUGCUUUUUCCUUUGUGUAUGCUGAGGCCUACUGAUUCAGAGUUUGCUGCUGCACUGGUUGUCUUCAUCUGCAUUUUUUUGUGUGUAUGGGAUAGAAUGGAUAGGUUAUCUGCGAAGCUCAACCAAAUGGUAUCGAUCAGUUAUUUGGUUGAAGAUUCAUUCAGAAGUAUCUCUCAUGAUGAACUGUUGAUAUUUGAAGUAGGGUUUUGGUUUACAGUAGUUUGAAUACUAGUUACGUUAGGAUCUUAUCAAAGCAUAUCUUGAAAUACAUAUAUUUCCUAAUUAUCACUACAUAAAAAUGUCUCACAACCAAGAAAGGUAAUGUAUUACACUUAACAAUACUUGAGUUAUUUUUAUUGCCGAAGAAUAUGGUAAAUAGUGUGGUAUGUUUGUUUCAUGGUGAAUAGUGAUACUUUAUAUGUUUAGUCUGUAGUUAUUUCAUGUUAUAUCUACACACCUCUAUUUCUCAUCAGCUCGGGUAACACGAAUAGUGAAGGGAUUCAAUAUUGAUUGGAAGAAUUCGAUUGAAAAGAUACAUGAUGAAAUCAUGAUGGAGUUUGCCAAUUUUACCUUAGGGACACAAAUAUUUCAGGGUUUACUUGCUCAACUUAUUCAACACUACCAUCGUUUUCAAAAAGUGAUGACACAAAGUCCCUACAAAAAUAUGCCUAUACGUAAUCAAUUGGUAAAUAUACAUCAGAUUACAAAUGAAAUGAAAAAGUGUAAAACAAACUUUUCUUAAGGUUAAUUGAAUACAUCUUGCACAGCAUUGUCGUCAUCGUCAUCAUCAUUUUGUUAAACAUUUCAAAUCAUUCCAUUUUGUCGUUUUGGUUCUUCCUUUUUGUUGAGUUAUAUUUUAGUUAUUUCCUUUAAUUAUACAUAACGUGUUUUUCUUGCUACUACGAUUUGCUUUAGUGAUUUAGUUGUUGUUGACGUUUAUGACUGACGAAUCUUUGUUUUCCAACCCCUGUUCUCAGAGUGUGUACUUAUAUAUUCUGUCCUUUUUCAGCUUUAUUUACUGUGUGUUUUAUUAUCAGUAUUUUUAUUUUGGAAUAAUAGUUUCUAAUUUUUUGUUUUGUUAUUUGUCUUUGCUCCAUAUUUCUACUUAUCUUGCUUUGUCCUACUAUUUGUGUUUUUUAAUUGUGGUUAUAUUAGUGUGAUUUUUCUUGGUGGAAAAAAAUAAACCAAUGAUUCAGCUGUUUGGUGUAUUUC